AUGGGCGACCCGGAGGACAGCCCCCAGGCCGGCCCUGGCGAGGCCCCGGAGGCCCCAGCCGAGGAGCCCCCCCCGCAGGGCGACGCCUUCCCGCUCUCCUCCCUGGCCAACCUGUUUGAGGGCGAGGAGGGCUCUGGGUCCGGCGAGGCCCCCCGCAGCCCCCCCGGCUCAGGGGACGGCAAGCAGAACCUGCGGAUGAAGUUCCACGGGGCCUUCCGGAAGGGGGUGCCCAACCCCAUGGAGCUGCUGGAGUCCACCAUCUACGAGUCCUCGGUGGUGCCGGGGCCCAAGAAAGCCCCCAUGGACUCCCUCUUCGACUACGGCACUUACCGCCACCUGCCCAGCGACAACAAGCGCAGGCGGAAGCGGGUCCUGGAGAAGAAGCACUCCAGCGCCAAGGGCCCCGCCCCCAACCCCCCACCCAUCCUCAAGAUCUUCAACCGGCCCAUCCUCUUCGACAUCGUCUCCCGGGGCUCCCUGGAUGGGCUGGACGGCCUCCUGCCCUUCCUGCUCAGCCACAAGAAGCGACUGACCGACGAGGAGUUCCGAGAGCUCUCCACUGGCAAGACGUGCCUCCCCAAGGCCCUGCUGAACCUCAACGGUGGCCGGAAUGACACCAUCCCUCUCCUGCUGGACAUCGCCGAGAAAACGGGCAACAUGCGGGAAUUCAUCAACGCUCCCUUCCGAGACGUCUUCUACCGAGGUCAGACCGCCCUGCACAUCGCGAUCGAGCGACGUUGCAAACACUACGUGGAGCUGCUGGUGGAGAAGGGGGCCGACGUGCACGCCCAGGCACGGGGCCGUUUCUUCCAGCCCAAAGACGAGGGCGGCUACUUCUACUUUGGGGAGCUGCCCCUUUCUCUGGCCGCCUGCACCAACCAGCCCCACAUUGUCCACUACCUGACGGAGAACGCCCACAAGCAGGCCGACCUCCGGCGGCAGGACUCGCGGGGCAACACGGUGCUCCAUGCCUUGGUGGCCAUUGCGGACAACACCCGCGAGAACACCAAGUUCGUCACCAAGAUGUACGACUUGCUGCUCAUCAAGUGCGCCAAGCUAUUCCCAGACACCAACCUGGAAGCCCUGCUGAACAAUGAUGGCCUCUCGCCACUCAUGAUGGCGGCCAAGACCGGAAAGAUAGGGAUGUUCCAGCACAUCAUCCGCCGGGAGGUGAAGGACGAGGACGCGCGGCACCUCUCCCGCAAGUUCAGAGACUGGGCCUAUGGGCCCGUCUACUCCUCCCUCUACGACCUGUCCUCCUUGGACACCUGCGGGGAGGAGGUGUCCGUGUUGGAGAUCUUGGUCUACAAUAGCAAGAUUGAGAAUCGCCAUGAGAUGCUGGCCGUGGAGCCCAUCAACGAGCUGCUGCGAGACAAGUGGCGCAAAUUUGGGGCCGUCUCCUUCUACAUCAGCGUGGUCUCCUACCUCUGUGCCAUGGUUAUCUUCACCUUGGUGGCCUACUACCGCCCCCUGGAGGGCACACCCCCGUUCCCGUACACGACCACCCCGGACUACCUUCGCCUGGCGGGAGAAAUCAUCACCCUCUUCACAGGGGUCCUCUUUUUCUUCACCAAUAUCAAGGAUCUGUUCAUGAAGAAAUGCCCGGGGGUGAAUUCCUUCUUCAUCGACAGCUCCUUUCAGUUACUCUACUUCAUCUACUCCGUCCUGGUCCUGGUUGCAGCUGCUCUCUACCUGGCUGGCAUCGAGGCCUACCUGGCGGUCAUGGUCUUUGCGCUGGUGCUGGGCUGGAUGAACGCCCUCUACUUCACCCGUGGCCUCAAGCUGACGGGCACCUACAGCAUCAUGAUCCAGAAGAUCCUGUUCAAGGACCUUUUCCGCUUCCUCCUGGUUUACGUCCUCUUCAUGAUCGGCUACGCAUCCGCGCUGGUCUCCCUGCUGAACCCCUGCCCCAGUGCCGAGUCCUGCCGUGGGGACCGCUCCAACUGCACGGCGCCCGCCUACCCCUCCUGCCGGGACAGCAAGACCUUCAGCACCUUCCUGCUGGACCUCUUCAAGCUGACCAUCGGCAUGGGGGACCUGGAGAUGAUCGAGAACGCCAAGUACCCGGGGGUCUUCGUCAUCCUCCUGGUCACCUACAUCAUCCUCACCUUCGUCCUCCUGCUCAACAUGUUGAUCGCCCUCAUGGGGGAGACGGUGGGGCAGGUCUCCAAGGAGAGCAAGAAGAUCUGGAAGCUGCAGUGGGCCACCACCAUCCUGGACAUUGAGCGCUCCUUCCCCGUGUUCGUCCGGAAGGCCUUCCGCUCGGGAGAGAUGGUCACCGUGGGGAAGUCUCUGGAUGGGGCCCCCGACCGAAGAUGGUGCUUCAGGGUGGACGAGGUGAACUGGUCUCACUGGAACCAGAACCUGGGUAUCAUCAAUGAGGAUCCCGGCAAGAACGACACCUACCAGUAUUACGGCUUCUCUCACACCGUGGGGCGCCUGCGCAGAGAUCGCUGGUCAACGGUGGUGCCUCGUGUGGUGGAGCUGAACAAGAAUGCUCAGCCGGACGAGGUGGUGGUGCCCCUGGACAGCAUGCGCUCAACCGGAGCAAACACGCACAAGCCCAGCUACCCUCACAGCUGGAGGAAGGAGGCGGCUCAGAUCUAAGGGCCGCCAAGCAACCUCCGCACUCGGGGACAGGCUG